AUGUCCAAGCCCAAGUUCGCUGUAGUGCUCACAAGCUACGAAGUGUUUGAAGUUCAAAGAGCUUUGUAUUGUGGUGGAAGACCGCUCUCCGAGAGAGAGAAGCUGUGCGAGGCAUCAAGCGACCAGCAUUGGCUCGACGGCCACCACCUGACAGCACAAUCCAACCGUAAGAGCACCGUCAAUGCCAACGGCAAACUGCGAAGAGAGCCCUGCGGCCAACUUCGACAGCCAGACUGCGCAUCUGGUGCAAUACUUCAGUUUGGAAACGAGCACCACCACGGCUACCUGAGCGCGUUCGGUGCUGGAAAAGGCGACAAGGGUGACAAAAACGCCACUGUGACGACAGGCGCUGCUGAGAGUUCGGGGAGCGCUGCAGCUGCCAAGGCUGCGCCAAAGGCGCCGAGCAACCAGCCCACUACGAAGGGCGACGUUGGGAAGGGAACAGAAAAGGGCGUCAGAACGUUCCUUGAGGGAGCGUACUUUGGGAUGCCCAUGGUCGCACCUUCCUUCGUUGAGUCGGGAGAGAAGAUCUAUUGGCUUCUCGACUCUGGGAGCUCGUACCAUGUGGUUUCCCAGGCGACGCUUGAGAGUGGACACGUCAAGGUUUUGUCGAGAAAGAAGCGACCGAAGACUGUGUGCCAGACUGCCACUGGCGACCUGGUGGAAGUGGGAAGCGACACCCACGCGACGAUCGAGGUGAAUUUUCUCACCACUCGACACUUUGAGCAGCGAGGAGGAGUUCUGAGCACCUUUGCGUGCACCUGCCGUCUAGAAGCGGAGGUGCUGCUUCCAGCAGUGUUCGGCGACUGCGCAUGGCUUCAGAGUGUGAUGGAUGACUCUGUUGGGCAGUUGGUAGGUCAGUCGUCUUGCGACAGCUCAGGAGUGCAGUUGGCCAGUGCGAAAAAGGGCUGGACAGGCCGGGCGGAGGCAAUGGAAAUAUCCUCCGACGAGGAGGUAGAGGGGCCACCUGCCCCAAAGGCGACGGGGGUGAGCCUCGCGGACCGGGUCAACAGCUUCAGUUGGACCCCUCCCUACAUUGCCCCAGAGGGGAAGUGGUCAAGCCCCCAGGCCUUGAGCCACAACAACCGCAACUAUUGCGAGUACUGCAUGGUCUGCGGGAAACACGCGACGGAGGCUCAUUUGAUGUCGGACAGCCACAAUCAUCACAUGAAGUCGUGGAUCGCCAGGAACCGCCCUGGUUUGAGGCUUCUACCGGACAGGCUUUCCGAUCCCGAAAGGAUCGAUAUGAUGAUCCAGCUUCGUAUGCCGGACUUGGCCGAGCCCGAGAUCAAGAAGGCGAGGGAGCUAGUUCUCCAACUGGUUUGGUUCAGCAACCAACCGGCGAAGGCGGAUGCCUCAACUUUGCCGCCAGAGGACGACUCGGAAGCCACAGCGAAAUCCAGCAAUGCACUUCCGGGAAUCUGGGCGGAACCACCAGAGCCUCCGCGAGCAGUGGAACGUCGUGUGCUUCCAUCACAGCCGGAGCCGCGACGGGUGAAGGCCAGGCGGCGGCCUUGGCCAGACACUCUGGGAGUCCAGCUGCGGUCGACUCAACAGCUGGAGAAAGCGCGGGUGGACGCCUCCAAAUUCGCCUACGGAUUCGGAGGACUGGGGUGCCUGGAAGCCAACACAGGCUGGCCGCGGGGAUCUACAGCCACAGACACCACCCAAGGGUCUAUGAUGCCCAAGACGCCGCCCAAGACGGCGCCAUUGGAGGCACCUGCGGAGGAGGACACCGAGAUGGCCGAGGACACAGGGAUGGAGCAAGAAGCGCCAUCGCCACCCAACGUGUCGCCGUGUGCCGCCUCCGGCACCUCCGCCACCACCCGUUUCGGCUCCACCAACAGCAACAUAUUCGUGGGUGCCACGCAGCUACCCACCUCCGGGUGCAGUGCUGAGUUCGCCCAGCGGCGAGAGCUUACACACGAGGAUGAGGCUCGGCAUCUGUACGGAGGCAGAAGCAGACUCCUGGAGGGUUGCAGCGGAGAUGGCCACAGAAUCUCGGCGAGUGCGUCCGCGCACCGCAUUGCCGAUCCCACCUCCUGCUCCUACCGCGAGCCGGCCUACUUCAAGCCCAACGGGGAGCGUUCUGGGGCCACCACUGGCACCGCCACCGGGUGUGCCACCACCGGCACCUCCAGCGGGAACGUGGGUUAUCAACCCGCCGCCACUUCCGCCAAGGAGACCUUCUCGCAGCCCGACCCCGUAAUCGUCUCACAGCUUUCGAAGCCCGAAGAGGACCCCCUCAACCAGAAGAAUCACAACAAGGAGCCCGAUACGCAACCAGAGGGUCCGGCCGGUUUGGGUUUAGCAGCAGGGCAGGGAGAGCUGAUCAUGUCACAAGAUCCGGAGACACGCCGUGAGCUGCACAAGCGCCUGUCACAUGUCUCUCAGGGUCACGUGCCAUACUUGGCGAGCUGUGAAGCUUGCAACAGAAGCCGAGGGCUGACGCCAGCCCGCAUGCGAAGUGACAGACCCGAUAAAGAGUAUCAGGUAGAUCAGUUCAUGUAUCGCUCAAGGUGCUUUAUUAUUCUAGUGCAUGUGCUUGCUUUUGCGAUUGGAGUGACGUUCCGACCAGAAGGGAUGAGUGGACGCGAAUCAGCCGGGCAUCUCGAGCCGUGGCUAGCUCAUUUUGGGUUAGGCCAGAGCGCUGUUCCUAAGCCCUCCUUCUACUCAGAUCCGGAACCGCUGACCAUCAGCAUUGCACAGGCCCUAGCGGAACGGUAUGAGGGACACAGUGAAAGCUUUGCUCCGGAGCGCCACGCUCCCGUUGCUGAACGAGCAGUGCGGACCUUGAAAGGGAUUGUGUCUUCUCACGAAUUACAAGUCCGUGAAAAUGGUGUUGUCCUCGGGGAUGAUCCGGGUACGGGUACUUUAGAGUUUCUUUUCAGAUACGCGGCACAUGUGCACAAUCGCUUUGCAGUGUCGGUCGGGAGCACCAUGUCUCCAUUGCAGAAGCUGCGGGGCCACGACCACAAGCCCCAGUUGACCUAUCCCUUCGGGGCUGUCGUUUUCGCAAAGGUCAGCCGUUCUAGCAAAGAGGAGAUUGAUUCCAAGUAUGCCCGUGGGGUGUACCUGGGUCCUGUGCUUGGUUCUACCGGGCACCAGGUGCGUAUCCGGCUGGAUUCUGGAGAAACCAAGUUGAUUGUUGCGCCGGGUCUGAAGUUGCUCUACCCUCUUCGAUAUGAUGCUUCGUUGCUUGACGGUGCCAGGCCUCUGGAAGGCUUUGUGCCACCUUUGGAUGAGGAGCGCUUUCGCGAGCUCCACCUUCCCUAUGUGCCGGGAGGGGGACCCUCCAAAGAAUGGAUCCGCGAGCACGGUGGCACCCCUAAGUGCCCCGGAUGCUCCGAAGAGGCCACGUCCUCUCGCCAUUCAAUAAAGUGCGUCCGGCGCUACCAGCGGUGGCUCCGAGAUGCUGUGGACAACGCUCUUGAAGAGCUUGGUCGGGACCCUCCGCCCGCUCAAGGCCCACCGGCCAAGCGGGUUCGAUUCGGUGAUUCAGAAGUUCGUGAGUUUCCGGCGCCCUCGGCGCCCUCAGAGCAAGAAGUAGAAGUACCACAGAUCGGUGCGGAGGCCAACGACCAUCUUAGUGACUACGAGCCCUCGUUGCCCUCCGAGGACGAGGGAAAAGAUGAUCUGAUGGGUGUCACCGAGGCACCGAAGGAUGAUCGCCCCGCGAUUCGGUUAUUGGAGGAAAUGUGGGCCUGCGGCUGCGUCCGCUACGUUCCCACUCCCUUGACCGCGUGUGAUGUGUAUGAUUUGCAAGCGUUUUGCUCGUUGCUUGUCGACGGCCGCUCAUCUUGUGAUAAGUUGCCGUACUCUUGCAUUGCGUUGCUUGAGCAUGAGCGUGUGGAGCAUGACGUUGGUCGGCCUCGGAGCUCCUACGACGACGUCGAUGGAAUCCAGCUAGACAACAAAGACAAAGAGAGCUGGGAAGGAAUGAAGACUGAGGUCAAGGCCGUCGACUCUUUGCAAGUCGGCCUCCUUCGUUCCAGGUCUGAGGUUGAUCGCUACCAGGAAGAGAACCCAGGGUGCCGCGUGAUAAAGUCACGGUGGGUACUGACGCAGAAAGCCCCAGGGCUUGUCAGGGCACGCCUCGUGGCGAAAGACUUCGCGCACGGCAAACCCUCUGCCCUUGAUCUUGGCCUCUCUUCGAACACCGCGAGUGUGGAGGCACUCAAGCUCAUACUUUCGAGAGCCGCAAAGGGUCGUAUGCGGGUUUGGGGUUUGGACAUUUCUACUGCGUUCCUGUUUGCGAACGUUGUUCGCGGAGGCACCGCGUACUUGAUCCUAGAGAAGGCCUUGUAUGGCUUGCGCAGCGCGAGCCUGAGUUGGCAAAGGCACCUCGGUAAGAUUAUGGUCGGCCUGGGCCUCAAAGCCUCGCCGCUCGAGCCCACGCUCUUUAGUGGAUGGGUUCAGUUGGGAAAGAAGUGGACGUAUAUCAUCGCCCUAGCUUAUGUGGAUGAUUUAUUGAUUGUCUCCGACAGCCAAGAGGGGGUUGAGUUUAUCCACAAGUCCCUGAGUGCGGUUCUAAAGGUAAAAGUCACUGGAAGGCUCCAUGAAGAUGGCCAGCUUGAGUUUUUAGGACGGCUUAUCAAGCUAGAUGGGAACAACAUCACCCUUGGGGUGAAACCUGAGUACGUGCGUUCAGUCUUCUCUGCCUUUGGGUGGACCGAGAAGGACCUGGCUAAGGUCAAACCUGUGGCCACAACCCCCGACAUUAGGGCUCUAUAUGAUGCUGAGGACCCUGAAUCCCCAUCGCCCUCUUUGUCUCCAGAAGCCGCGGGUAGGUUCAGGUCCUGCCUUGGGAAGAUUGGUUGGUUGACCCAGACGCGCACUGACAUCACAUAUUUCCACUCUAUGCUUUCGAGAGGGCAAGCUGCACCAAGGAUGGUGCACGAGGAUGCGCUAAGGAAAUUUCUUCGGUGGUUGGUCGGUUGUCCGUUGCUUGAUCAGGUCUUUCCCGCCGGGAGCGGGGAAACUUUGGAAGAAGAGUGUGCCACUUUGGUGGCGUUCUGUGACAGCAACUGGGGCAGUGAAAGUAGCACCGGGAGGAAGAGUACUAGCGGUGGGGUUAUCUACGUAGUGGCCGGUUCCCUGUGGUAUUGCGUGAAGGGCUACAGUAGGCUACAAACCGUAGUUGCCUUAUCCUCUGCCGAAGCCGAACUCUUUGCCAUUGCCGAGGAGGAAAUUGCCGGUUUAGGUCAGCUGGCUUCUCACAUUUGGGGCGAGAUCGCCAAGCCCCUCGCCAUCUACACCGACAGCGCGUCUGCUCGCCAGAUUGCCGGGAUGGAGGGGUUCCUUCGGAGGAUGCGACAUGUAGACAUCAGACUUUGUUUUAUUCAGGAUAGGGUGCAUCAGAACGAGUUGGUGAUUAACGGGGUUGCCGGAGAAGAGAACGUCAGUGAUCUCCUCACCAAGAACCUCAACAUUCCCCAGACCUCGAAACACACAACGACCUUAGGAUUGGAAGACGUUCACCAGGUUGACCUUUGUGCUGUGCCGGUGGUUCGCUCGUGUGUGUUCCUUACAGGGCUGUUGAAUUCAAUCUUUGACAACACUGAACUUGAGUGGGAAAGGUUCUUGGGCCUCUGUGAGCUCCCAACCUCGUACGGAACCCUGUUCAUUGAGUUUUGGGAAGUAGAUGGGACUUCACCUGAGACCGUGGAGCGGCUCAUGUCAGCCAUGGAUGUUGCCAGGAGCUUGGGAAUGAAGGUUGUUCUUUGGAGCAGCACGCCUUGUACCGGGGGUAGCCCUUGGCAAAGAAAACACUUGCACCACAAUCCCCAACACCAAGAGCACUUGCAGGCCCUGUUCACAGUGCACAGAAAGCUUUGGAAAUCGUGGUUGAAACUGAACACCCACCCACAAGUGAGUGUCUGGGUGAUCGAGUGGCCACAGAGAUGCAGCUAUUGGGGCUGGCAGUCUACGAAGAGCUUCCUGCGGAGCAGAGGCCACCACGAAGGGCUUGUGCAUGGGUGCAUGGCAGGCAUGGUAGGUCAAGAUAAUCUUUUGGUGAAGAAAACAUGGAAGCUUGUUUCUAACGAUGCGGAUUUUAUUCAACACAUGUCUCGAAACUUUGCAUGUGAUGGUAGCCACGAUCAUUCACAAACGUUUGACCUUAAAGCUACACAACACUAUCCGAGAGCCUUCGCAGAAACUGCUUUGGCCACGCUACGACUCGGAUGA